AGGAGCAGCACGAUGUGGACCUUCAGCCUGCUCCUCUUCUGGGGUUGGCAGCCUUGGUCAACACAGGCGGAUUUGGAUACGAAUGAGUGUUGGGACACCACCACGUGUCCAGCCUAUGCCACCUGCACCAACACUGUGGGAAGUUACUACUGUACUUGUAAACGAGGCUUCCUGUCCAGCAACAGACUGACACAGUUCAGAGGCCCAGGGGUGGAAUGCAAAGAUGUAGAUGAAUGUUCUUCAAGUCCCUCAAAAUGUGGUUCUAACUCAGUCUGCAAAAACCUGCCGGGGAGGUACAAGUGCAGCUGCUUGCCUGGUUUCUCUUCUCCCACUGGGGAUAACUGGAGCCUGGAAAAGCCCGGCCAUUUCUCCUGCACAGACAUCGAUGAAUGCCUCGACAGUGGAGUCUGCCCAGAGCGUUCUGAGUGUGCCAACUCUUUGGGAAGCUACAGUUGCCACUGCCAAGAUGGAUUCAUCUUUAACAACUCUCUCUGUGAAGAUGUGGAUGAAUGUGCCGAUCCCAGAGCUUGCCCAGAGCAUGCGACCUGCCACAACAGUUUUGGAAGCUACUCUUGUGUCUGCAACUCAGGAUUUGAAUCCAGCAGUGGAAACAGGAGUUUCCAUGGCCCAGGAGGAAUGUGUGAAGAUGUGGAUGAAUGUUCCAGAAAUUCGACUCUUUGUGGUCCCAAUACUGUCUGCACCAACAUCCCAGGAGACUACAGUUGCUCCUGCCUGCCUGGGUUCAUUUCGCCUGAGUUUUGGACCCCCAAGCAACCAGAGGCUUUCAAAUGUACAGAUAUUGAUGAGUGCCUGGAUAUGUGCCCUUUCAAUGCAACAUGCACCAAUACCCUUGGGAGCUACUUUUGUACCUGUCACCCUGGCUUUGCACCAAGCAAUGGACGGCUGAACUUCACAGAGCAAGAGGUGGAAUGUGGAGAUAUUGAUGAGUGUGUGCAAGAUCCAUCACCAUGUGGCCCCAAUUCUGUCUGCACCAAUGCCCUGGGCUCCUACAGCUGUGGCUGCAUUGUGGGCUUCCGCCCCAAUCCGGAAGGCUCCUGGAAAUAUGGCAACUUCAGCUGCAAACGAGUUCCCUUCAAGUGUAAAGAAGAUGUGAUCCCCAACGAUAAACAGGUCCUGCUAUGCCAAGUGGGAGCAACAGUGGAGCCUGAGGAUGUUUCAUUUUGUGCACUCAUGAAUGCCACCUUCAGCGUUCUGGAUGAGAACUGUGCAAAUAAAACCACUGCCGUUUCUCUGAAGAGUACGGCUGAGAGCUUUGCCUCUGUGCUCGAACAAACAUCCACGUGGUCCAACUUCACCAAAGAUCAGACAUCCACGCUGGCCACUGUCUUACUGGAGAGUGUGGAAAGCACCGCUUUGGCAGCUUUUCUGAAACCCUCAACGAACAGCAGUCAGACUGUUCGGACGGAGCGCUUGGAUAUUGAGAGCAAAGUUAUCAAGGAAGAAUGCUCUGAGGAGAAUGUGACCUUCAACUUGAAAGCCAAAGGGGAUGAGAUGAAGAUCGGCUGUUCCACAAUCGAAGAAUCUGAAUCUACAGGAACCACUGGGGUGGCUUUUGUCUCCUUUGCGGGUAUGGAGUCUGUGCUCGAUGAGAGCUUCUUCCAAGACCCUCAGACCCCCUUGACCAACUCCAAGAGGAAGCUGAAGAUGAAUUCUCGCAUCAUUGGGGGCAUCAUGACGGGAGAGAAGAAAGAUGGGUUCUCUGACCCAGUCAUCUACACCCUGGAGAACAUCGAGCCAAAGCAGAAGUUUGAGAGGCCCAUCUGUGUUUCCUGGAGCACAGACGUGGGGAGCGGUAGGUGGACACCAUCUGGCUGUGUGGUCCUUGAAGCUUCAGAGCUGUACACCGUCUGCAGCUGUAAUCGACUGGCGAACCUGGCCAUCAUCAUGGCUUCUGGGGAGCUCACGAUGGAUUUCUCCUUGUACGUCAUUAGCCACGUGGGCAUGAUCAUCUCCCUGGUGUGUCUCCUCUUGGCCAUCGCCACUUUCCUGCUGUGUCGUGCCAUCCGCAACCGCAACACCUACCUCCACCUGCACCUCUGCGUGUGCCUCUUCUUGGCCAAGUUUCUCUUCCUCACCGGUGUAGACAAGACCGACAACCAGAUAGGCUGUGCCAUCAUCGCGGGCUUGCUGCACUACCUCUUCCUCGCCUGCUUCUUCUGGAUGCUGGUGGAGGCCGUGAUGCUCUUCCUCAUGGUCAGGAACCUCAAGGUGGUGAAUUACUUCAACUCCCGCAACGUCAAGAUGCAGUAUCUCUGUGCCUUUGGCUACGGGCUCCCAGGGCUGGUGGUGGUUGUCUCGGCCAGCGUGCAGCCGCAGGGCUACGGGAUGCAUAAUCGCUGCUGGUUGAAUACCGAGACAGGGUUUAUCUGGAGUUUCCUGGGGCCGGUUUGCACAAUCAUACUGAUCAAUUCCGUCCUCCUGACUUGGACGUUGUGGAUCCUGAAGCAGAAACUUUCCAGCGUCAAUGCUGAAGUCUCCACACUCAAAGACACCAGGUUGCUGACAUUCAAGGCCUUUGCCCAGCUCUUCAUCUUGGGGUGCUCCUGGGUGCUGGGCAUUUUCCAGGUAGGACCCAUAGCCAGUGUCAUGGCCUACCUGUUCACCAUCAUCAACAGCCUGCAGGGAGCCUUCAUCUUCCUCAUUCACUGUCUGCUCAGCCGCCAGGUACGGGAGGCAUACUGGAGAUGGAUCACCAGGAAGGCCAAACCCAGCUCCCAGUCCCAGACCUCAGGGGUCAUACUGUCAUCCAUCGCCUCCACUUCCAAAGCGGUUUAAAGCCUUUUCUUGCUUUUCCAAUACGGUAUGGAGCAACAUUGGAGAAAAGCAAGUGUCUACAGGAGCCUGUCCUGAAAUCUUCUCUUCCUGGCUUAAUGUGGAAAUACAAGAUCACACCAGCCCAAGAAUAUCCUGGGCAACACAGAGCACAGAUGGGUGGGCAGUCUCCCCAUCAUUCUGUGUUCUGGUGGGAAAUGAGAGUUUCCAUUCCAGAUGACAAUUUCACCCUCUGUGUCCUGCAAAUCUUUGC